AUGACAACUGAAUCAACUAGAGAAAACUCAGUUUAUCUUGCUAAGCUUGCUGAACAAGCUGAAAGAUAUGAAGAAAUGGUUAGUGCAAUGAAAGAAGUUGCUUCAGCAGAAAAAGAAUUAUCAGUAGAAGAAAGAAAUUUACUUAGUGUUGCUUAUAAAAAUGUAAUUGGUGCUCGUAGAGCUUCAUGGAGAAUUGUUUCAUCAAUUGAACAAAAAGAAGAAUCAAAAGGAAAUGAUCAACAAGUAAAAUUAAUUAGAGAUUAUAGAGCUAAAAUUGAAGCUGAAUUAAGUAAAAUUUGUGAAGAUAUUUUAGAAGUUUUAACAAAUCAUUUAAUUGGAAGUGCUCAAUCAGGUGAAUCAAAAGUAUUUUAUUAUAAAAUGAAAGGAGAUUAUCAUAGAUAUUUAGCUGAAUUUGCUACUGCAGAAAAAAGAAAAGAAGCAGCUGAUGAAUCAUUAGAAGCAUAUAAAAAAGCAUCAGAUGUUGCAGUAACUGAAUUACCACCAACUCAUCCAAUUAGAUUAGGUUUAGCUUUGAAUUUUUCUGUAUUUUAUUAUGAAAUUUUAAAUUCACCAGAUAGAGCUUGUCAUUUAGCAAAACAAGCUUUUGAUGAUGCUGUUGCUGAUUUAGAAACUUUAUCAGAAGAUUCAUAUAAAGAUUCAACAUUAAUUAUGCAAUUAUUAAGAGAUAAUUUAACUUUAUGGACUGAUUUAAGUGAAGCUCCUCAAGAAUCAACUGCUCCAAAAAAUGAAAAUGAAGAAUAA